AUGCCGACCGUAUCCUCCCAGCUGGAGCCGUCGACCGCAACGCACACGGGCCCCACCAGCUCGGCUCGACGAACACGGCGAAGUUGGACAUCCUGGGAGGAUCAGACCCUACGGUCUCGCGUUGCCCACUAUGGGGAUGCGAGAGGGGCAAACGGACGAUGGAAAGAGAUUGCCUGUGGGAUUCCUGGUCGCACGGCCAAGGAUUGUCGCAAGCGAUGGUUUCACUCUCUAGACCCCUCUCUACGAAAAGGGCGAUGGACGCAAGACGAAGAUCGAAUUCUACUCGAAGCAUACGCACGGCUUGGCCCAUCAUGGCACGAGAUCGCGUCCCUCAUCCCCGGGCGAAAGGACGACCAAUGCUCCAAGCGAUACAACGAUAUUCUUGAUCCCCUGGCACAGAGGAGGCUGACGAGCUGGACGCCCGAAGAGGAUAACAUCCUGAGAGAAGGCGUGCGCAGUCUGGGUCACCGAUGGGCGGCCAUCUCUGCUCGACUUCCAGGGCGCCCGCCGCUCACCUGUCGCAACCGGUGGCGCAACCUGUCCAAGCAGCAGAACAGCCCAGGCGCUUCGGACAACCAACUUGAACAAGCAAACGAGCCACUCAUCUCGGAGAACGAACCCAUCGAAUCUCCAGAAUCGCCGACCGUUCCCACCGAUCUCGACGUUGCCGGUGCAAUGGACUUUCAAGACUCUGUAGGUUUGGGGUUUGAGCAUUUUGAUCCGCUCGUGGUAAAUGGCCUGGAUGUGCCCACGGACCCGAACCUCUUCAGUAGUCAUAUGGGUCAUGUCUCAUCGAAUGGGCAUCCUCCAGAUCUGGGACCUGGUCCGGGUAACCUGAAUUCGUCAUUAAUUCCUGUAAGUUCGGUAGGGAAUGCCGCCGGCAUCGGCAUCCAGGCACCGCCCAGUGAAGUUCACUUGCACCACCCUGGUUCUCAGUUGCACACCCAUACGCAUUCCAUAAAUACAUCAUCAAGCCACCCAGAGCAAGCCAUGGGAACUGCGUCACACGUGGGACCGGUCUCGACAAGGAUGUCACCUCACUUCCAUGACGCAGCACAGCCCCUCGUCGACGAUGCAGCGAUCCAGUCGCAGUUGAGGGCCACCGAACAGGCUGCAGAGGAGGAGCUUGGACCUGAUCAGCAAGCGGCCCCAGGAGAUCCUCGAGAUAUCCUAGAGUCUUCUCAGUCUCGCGCAGCAGAGCUUGAAGUAGAGCGGCGGACAAACCUACCAUCUUCGUCGGCUCCCUCCGUCCAUCUUCACCAUCACCAUCACCACCACCAUCACUACCACCACCAUCAUCAUCACCACCACUAUCACCACUACCCUUUCUAA